CUCUGACUUUGAUUUUCUAUGAUGUUCUCGUCUUCUUGCUUAUUGAAAACCAACUAAUUUUCAUUUUAUUUUUGUUUGUUUGUCUAUGUAUUACUGUCUUAAAACUAAAUAUAUCUUUCACACCUUUUUCCUUAUAAAUAAUAUUCGAAAUUCUCAAAGUUGAAAAAAAUGGAUUGAGACAAAAAUUGGAUGGGGGACAUGCAUCUUGUGGAUCAUUGAGGGGUUAAUAAAAUAAAACGUUGUGGUGGUGGUCGAGACGUGUUUGAGUGUUAUAAUCGUAAAUAACACGCCUGAUUCAGAUUCUAUUCUCUCUCUCUCUCUCUAUAUGAUAAGAAGAGUGACUUGUGUGUUUUAAAGUCAUUCCCAUGUGCCUUGUCUCCGACAACUUUAUCUCUCUUCUUGCUCUUGCCUCUGGUUCACAUGGUACUUCUUCAAGAUUCACCAGUUUUUUAAGGUUUUUCAUCUCAGAAAAAAGUCAGGUGCAGAUUAUUUAAGGUGUGAAUCAUACACGUGACAAGAAAUGUACAAGCAUCCAAGACAAGAGAUAGAGCCUUACUCUUUACCUACAAAGCGUAGGUACGUACCGGUUAAACGGUACUGCACGACCGAGUCAUCAUCACCUGGCUCACCAGCUUACGAUGUUCUCUCAAACGCUACCGUUUUAGUAACAAAUAAUAACAACUCUGCGUACGAGGAUACGUCUGGCUCUUGUGUGACGGAUGAGUUUAACGACAGGAUAAAGGAACUCGAAACGGUGAUGAUGGGGCCAGACUCCUUGGACUUGGUCCUAGAUUACAACGACUCCUUUGAUUCCACGUCGUGUCAAGAGACUAAUAGCUGGAGAUCAACUCUAGAAGCUGUCUCUCGACGUGACCUAAGAGCUGAUCUUGUUUCAUGUGCAAAAGCCAUGUCUGAAAACGAUCUUAUGAUGGCACGUUCGAUGAUGGAGAAGCUGCGUCUUAUGGUCUCGGUUUCUGGUGAGCCUAUAGAACGUUUAGGAGCUUAUUUACUAGAAGGCCUUGUGGCUCAGUUAUCUUCAUCGGGUAGUUCUAUAUAUAAAUCACUAAACAAGUGUCCUGAACCGGCAAGCACCGAGCUGCUCUCUUACAUGCACAUCCUCUACGAGGUGUGUCCUUACUUCAAGUUCGGUUACAUGUCAGCAAAUGGUGCCAUUGCUGAAGCUAUGAAGGAAGAAAACAGAGUUCACAUUAUUGAUUUCCAAAUAGGUCAAGGGAGUCAAUGGGUUACUCUUAUCCAGGCUUUUGCAGCUAGGCCCGGUGGGCCUCCGCGGAUACGGAUAACUGGUAUUGAUGAUACGACUUCAGCUUAUGCUCGUGGAGGUGGUUUAGGCAUUGUAGGGAACAGACUCGCCAAGCUUGCUAAGCAGUUCAAUGUUCCGUUUGAGUUCAACUCGGUGCCAGUGUCAGUGUCUGAAGUUAAACCUAAUAACCUCGGAGUCCGACCAGGGGAAGCUCUAGCCGUUAAUUUUGCCUUUGUGCUUCAUCAUAUGCCUGAUGAAAGCGUGAGCACCGAGAAUCACCGGGACCGGCUACUGAGAAUGGUGAAGAGCUUAUCUCCCAAUUGCAAAGUGGUGACCCUAGUGGAGCAAGAAUCAAACACAAACACGGCCGCUUUCUUCCCUAGGUUCAAGGAGACAAUGGACUACUAUGAUGCCAUGUUCGAGUCUAUUGAUGUGACUCUCCCAAGGAAUCACAAACAAAGGAUUAAUGUUGAGCAGCAUUGUCUAGCAAGAGAUGUAGUGAACAUCAUAGCAUGUGAAGGAGCUGAUAGGGUGGAGCGGCAUGAGCUUCUAGGGAAAUGGAGGUCACGGUUUGAGAUGGCUGGUUUCACUCCUUACCCGUUGAGUCCCGUUGUGAACUCCACUAUUAGAAGUCUACUCAGGAACUAUUCGGACAAAUAUAGGCUGGAAGAAAGAGAUGGAGCCUUGUAUCUUGGUUGGAUGCAACGAGAUUUGGUAGCCUCAUGUGCAUGGAAAUGACACGGAGAAGAGAGUCUAUUGUAACCGUAAUCAAAGUGUGUCUACUUGUAUGCAGUUUGAAUCUUCAAAAACAUUAGAAGAAUCUCAUGUCUACUUUUAGAAACCAUUUCAUUACAGGACAUGUCUUGAAAUACUAGUUCAAGCAUUUUAUGUGGACACUAACAAUUUAUUUACUAUAUGAGUCUACUUAAACUCAAAAAUUAAGACAUGAUAAUUAAUUAAUUAUACUCAUCAUGCAAAUUACGUACUUAUUUUUAAAAUGACCAGAGAAAAGGUCUUCGUUUCUAAAAGUAAAGUAUCUAUUUUCGCUAAGCAAUGGUAUUAUUAGUGUUUGAUUAUGUCAAACUCAUGCUAAAAAGUUUCCAAAAAUAUCCGUAAGAAGAGGUGAAAGCAACGGUUGAUAACAAACUCAACGUUCAAAUCUCUCUCUUCUCAGAGACUAUAUAAUGACAGCGAAACCAAGGAACAAAACAUCAAU